CCCUCUGCCACAGUCAUAUCAAGAAUGAAGCAAACGCCGGCGCCGGCGGACCAGCAGCAGAAUAGGCGGCGGUGCUGCCCGCUCCGACGAUCGCGCAAGGGGUGCAUGAAGGGCAAGGGAGGGCCUGAAAACCAGCGAUGCCCCUUCCGCGGCGUCCGCCAGCGCACCUGGGGUAGGUGGGUGUCCGAGAUCCGUGAGCCCAACCGCGGCGCCCGCCUCUGGCUUGGCACGUUCGCCACUGCGCUCGAUGCCGCACGCGCAUAUGAUGCUGCGGCAAGGGCGCUCUAUGGUGACUGCGCACGCCUCAACCUGGCAGCACCUCCCCUUCCUCCCAUGACCGCGACAGUUCCUCUCCCUCAUGCGCAAGAGCAACAGCCUCCGGCUCAUAGCACCGACACCAACAACACCACUGCACUGUGCUACUCCUCCUCAACCUCAACAGUGUCGACGACAACCCCCACUAACUUGGGCACAUUUGACAUUGAGUGGUCCUAUUACAACGCGGCGGGGGCGUUAGAGUUGGGGGACUUCGAGGCAUAUGUGGCGGGGCUUCCCAAGGCGGAAGACUUUGGGUUGGAGGGGUUUCAGGAGGUGAUGGGCGAUUAAGGUGGAGGAGGGAUCAACAUCUAGGACCCCACCAUCGCAUCUAAGUGGCAUACCAUGCAUGGCUGGCAGUCGCUUCAUCCUGCAGCAACCUAGUUCCUACGUGUCUGCAGAUCUCGUUGUUGACAUAGAAAGAAGAAAGGAGUUAUAUUAAAUAGAAAAGUACAUACCCCAUCGGUCAUCUAUUGCAAUUUAGUGCAUGUUGUAUAUGUUGGUCAAUGUAAUCUUG